AUGGAGGCCGAAGACGACAGCGAUGCAGACACCUAUGGGGACGAGAAUGAAGACCAGGGAACUUAUUCUAAAAGAAAGAUCGUUUCUAACUGGGAUCGAUAUCAAGACACGGAAAAGGGGGCCGAAAAUGAAAGUGGAGAAUCGCAGAGGGGAACCGACUUCAGCGUCCUCCUGAGCUCAGCAGGGGACUCCUUCUCCCAGUUCCGGUUUGCUGAGGAGAAAGAAUGGGAUGGUGAAGCUUCAAGCCCCAAACAGGCCACGGUGCCUUUAGAGCUUCCUCAGGUGAAACCAAAGAGAAACCAUGAUGGCCAAGGACUCGGGGUGCCGUCGAGGGGGACCCUGGGGUCUGGAGGGAGGGGGUCUGGCUCCGAGCGGAAAGUUCCUGCCAGCCCCUGUGUGUCUCUGGGGAGAGAGGGCUCCAGACCAGGGCCUCUCGCGGCCUCUGCACCGCAGCCAGCCGACCUCCUAGAAGAAGAACUUGACCUGCUGCUUAAUUUAGAUGCGCCCGCCAGAGGAGGAGAUGACGACAUGCUACCAGAUCAGACAUCUCAGGACCUGAAACCGGAGCGAGACGCCACAGUGGCCCAGGAGGAGGAAGUUCCUGCGAAACUAUCCGCAAUUGAAGAGCAGAAUGUGGGCUCAGAGCAACCAAGCGCAUCUUCGACCAGCGUCACCGAGGAAGAGCUCGAGGACUGGCUGGACAGCAUGAUUGCCUGAAAGCCCCAAUUGGCUGCCUUGCAAGUAGCAUGGGAGCAAGGCCGUGCCACAGCACCGCCUCCUUGACAAGCAUGCCCGGAGCCUGGUUGUUGUAACAGGCAGUAAGUGGCUGCCUCUGGGUUUGACGACAUGUUAAUACAUCUAAGAGGCUUAUUUCCUGGUUUAGAAACUGAAGGAAUUUUCUUAAGGGCAGGAGAUGCUGCUUAAGAGAAUACAUGCAAAGAACAAGGCACAGUAAAAUGUUGGUUUGUGGUU